AUGGAAGAAAUCGGAAUAGUGAUUGUCGGCGGCGGAAUCGCUGGUCUCGCCACUUCACUUGCUCUUCAUAGGAAAGGAAUAAAGAGUGUUGUGUUGGAGAGAGCAGAGAGAGUGAGAUCGGAAGGAGCUGGAAUCGGAACUCUCACUAAUGGUUGGAAAGCUCUUGAUCAACUUGGCGUCGCUAAUCGUCUUCGUCUCACUUCUGGUCUUAUUCACAAAGCACGGACCAUGUUGAUUGAGAAUGGGAAAAAACGUGAAUUCGUUUUAAACAUCGAAGACGAAGCUCGUUGUAUUCGAAGAAACGAUCUUGUUGAGGCCUUAGCUGAUGCUCUUCCUUAUGGAACCAUCCGGUUGGGGUCUCAAAUUGUUUCUAUAGAGCAGGAUGAAACUACAUCGUUUCCAGUUGUUCACUUAUCGAGUGGGAAAACAAUAAAAGCCAAGGUCUUGAUUGGAUGUGACGGAGCGAAUUCCAUCGUCAGUGAUUAUCUGCGGUUAAGACCGAAGAAAGCCUUCGCUUGUCGCGCUGUGAGAGGGUUCACCAAUUAUCCAAACGGCCAUGGAUUCCCACAAGAGCUUCUAAGGAUAAAGACAGGAAACGUCUUAGUCGGAAGACUUGGUUUGAACGAAAACCAUGUCUUUUGGUUUGUAGUACAUAUGCAAGACAAUCAUCACAACGGUGAAGAUCAACAAUCGAUCGCGAAUCUUACUCUAAAAUGGGUCGAUAAGUUAUCUGAAGAUUGGAAAGAAAUGGUGAAAAAAUGCGAUGUAAAGUCAUUAACAAUCACACACUUAAGGUACCGUUCGCCGUUGGAAAUCAUGUUUGGGAAAUUCCGUCGUGGGACCGUGACUGUAGCCGGGGACGCAAUGCACGUGAUGGGUCCAUUCUUGGGACAAGGCGGCUCGGCCGCGCUAGAGGAUGCGGUUGUUUUGGCUAGAUGUCUAGCUAGGAAAAUGGGUCCGGACCACAGAGAUUUGUUAAAGGAUUGUUCGAUGAAAAACAUUGAGGAUGGUAUUGAUGAGUAUGUGGAGGAACGUAGAAUGCGUUUAGUCGGGCUUUCGACACAGACUUAUUUGACCGGACGGUCGUUACAAACGUCUUCAGGGGUCGUGAGGCUAAUGUUUAUAGUGUUGUUGGUAAUACUGUUUGGGCGUAAUCAGAUUGGUCAUACGAAAUACGAUUGUGGCCGUCUCUAG